AGGCAUCUUUCUAGAGGAGGCGUUGGUCGGAGCAUUGCUAUAGCAUUGCUCUGAGGAACAGCAACAAGACAUAUUUCUACGGUGGUUUCACGAUUUCACAUAUUUGCGCCAAUGCAAGCGCCGGAUGAUAAAGUUGUGACAGCAAGGCGGUAAUUCACUACGGUGCUCCAGGGGAUAUUGUGCGUGCUUUCGUAUUCAGUGGCCGAUGUAUGUGUUCAUAUUGACAAACAAGUAACGCUGGGAAAGAAAGCUUGCAAAGUAUGAAAUACCACAUGACUACGCUGCCACCUGCAUAAAAAAACCACUUAUCCUAUUGGAAGCAACCGUUCCACCUCUUGUCUCCUGACUGGGACCGUGUUCCUUAUUUCGACAAUGGUAAGGGUAACGGAAGUGAUGAAAUGCAGUUCAGGGAACUGCUGGGCAAGCUGGAAGCAUUGUGGACAACAGAAAAGUUCUGCGAAAAACAAGAUGACGUAUGGCGCCUACUCAAGCGGGAUGUCCCUCGAAGACCCAGGUUCACCUGUGACACGGUUCACGACUUGCUUGACAUUCUCACUGACCGUGAGGUUAUCACACCACAGGAAACAGUGCUCUUGAAGCGGCUCGCUGCUGUAUUCUCAGUCCAAGAGGCCUCAGAGCAUAUUCAAGCAUUUAGGAAAAUACCGUUGGACCAGGACACCUGCAGCUUAUGUUCUGCACCGUGUCAGGCACCGUUGCUGUAUCGCACACCUGUUCAGGAAAUCACUGGUCAGAAAGAGUUGGUGUGCGCCAUCCUCUAUCUCUGUCAAGAGAAUUGUACAUGGAAGACAGUUGUUCGAGCAUUUCCAAAAACUAUAAAUGUCAAGGAGGCCGAGAUCGAGCGGCUGGAAUCAAUGGUAUGUGCCUCUAAGCCACAGGUCAAGCGAUGCCUGACCUGUUCUGGCUUUGAGGUUAUGGAGUCCUGGAGGAAGAAACAUCCACAGCAUGCCACAGUUCAACUGCUACUUAAGUACCUGACCAGUGAACGGGUCAGUCCUAGGUAUGCGGAAGACAUAAAGAGUGACUUUCACAUGACCAUGACUGUAAGGUCAAAGUGCCUUUUGUGUAAGACAGGAUGUGAGCUGCAGGCACAGCGUGGCGAGACUGUCUCAGUACAAAUUGUCUGUGCACAGAUUCUUAAUCGAGACAUUCGUGAAAGAUCUUGAAGGUUGUGAUAUUUUACGAUGUACUGUGCUCAUGGAUUCAAACGCAACAAUUUAAGGCUGUGUAAUGAACAUACUUUUUUUCAUUUUCAUGUCCAUCAUCAGCAGCAGCAGCUUAAUUACGCCCACUGCAGGGCAAAGGCCUCUCCCAUGUUUCGCCUACCCGAUCCUUUGUCUUCUGCUGCCCUGUUAUGCCUGCAAACUUUUUAACGUCGUCUGCCCGCCUAGUUUUCUGUCUCUCCUCUUAUGCAUUUGCUUUCUCUUGGAAUUCAGAGAGCUGCCCUUAAUGACCAGCAAUUAUCCAGCCUACGCGAUGCAUGCUCGGCCCACAUUUAUUUCUUUUUCUUGAUCUCAACUAUCAUAAAACCAGAAGAUAGUUAGACCUCCCAAACUUUGAAUCUCCGAAAAACAAAAUUUUAGAAAUGGCAAAGCAUCAGGGCACACCCUUACAUUGGUAAAUAAGCGACACAACCAGCUUCACUGUGGUAACAUUUUAUUUUGUUUAGACACUAAUCUUAUGUAGUUAAACAGCAAAAGGCCACUAAGUGCUGUCACUCAGACUCAUUCGAACUUGAGUCCGACGAAAUCUGUUAAAUGCGAAGCAUUUCUUAACGAA